CUGUUCUCGAGCAUACACUAGCAUACACAUGCAAGUGUUUGCUUUUAACAAGAUUUGUGAUGGAGAGAAGUCCGAUUGAUAUUCAAGAGAAAAUCUUGUCGUUUGAGCACUUCCUGAAUGAAACUUUACGUCAAGAUUUAAGGCAAGUUCUGGAGAAACGCGACAGACUGUAUGGGGAAAUAGCAGAGUAUUUACAACUAAAAACAACAAUUGAAAGAAUUCAGGAAUCAAAUUUGGAGAAGGAAGAACUAAAGACAAAAGUGGACCUUGGGUGCAAUUUUUAUGUCCAGGCAUCAGUGCCAGAUUGUUCCCGCAUAUUUGUUUGUGUGGGUUUUGGGAUUUAUUUGGAAUUUACCUUGAAAGAAGCCAUUAAGUUCUCAGAAAAGAAGGUUAAAAGGUUUACAGUGUUGACGGACAAGCUGACAGAAGACGCUUCGAAGAUAAAGGCUCACAUCAAGCUGGUUUUAGAGGGACUGAAAGAGCUGCAGGGGAUUGAUGACAGAGAAGGCACUCCUUUCAGGGACGUAUUGUCUUGAGGACAGCAUACCCCCAUGAGAUCACGGUCCCUUACCAGCUGACUCUAUACAGAGCUAGCUUGUUAUAGGGG